GAGCCUGAAGGGGCAGCCCCGGCGGGGAUGGAGCCCGAGGCCCGGGCUGAGAGCCCGGCGGGGACGGCGCAGAAAGAGGCAGCCCCGGCAGCGACAGAGCCCGAGGACGGAGCCGCGGCCCCGGCAGGGACGGAGCCCGAGGGCGCAGGGGUUGCUCCGACGGGGACGGAGCCCGAGAAAGCAGCAGCGGCGGGGACGGAGCCGGAGGGAGAGGCGAUGGCACCGGCGGGGACGGAGCCCCAGGUGAGAGAGGCGGUGAGGGAGGAAGGCCCGGCGGAGAGAGAGCCCCAGGAGGCGGCCACGACUGUCCCGGCAGAAGCAGAGCCUGAGGAGGCUGCGGCGACAGCCCCGGCGGGGACAGAGCCCAGGGAAGCAGAGGGGACAAGCCCGGCGGGGACAGAGCCCAGAGAAGCAGAGGGGACAGCCCCGUUAGGGACAGAGCCCAGGGAAGCAGAGGGGACAAGCCCGGCGGGGACAGAGCCCGGGGAAGCAGAGGGGACAAGCCCGGCGGGGACAGAGCCCAGGGAAGCAGAGGGGACAAGCCCGGCGGGGACAGAGCCCAGAGAAGCAGAGGGGACAGCCCCGUUAGGGACAGAGCCCAGGGAAGCAGAGGGGACAAGCCCGGCGGGGACAGAGCCCGGGGAAGGAGAGGGGACAGCGCCAUCGAGGACAGAGCCCGGAGAGGCGCAAGGACAGGCGGCCCCAGAGGGAACAGAGCCCGAGGACGCUGCCGCGACAGCCCCGUCCGGGACAGAUCCCGAGGAAGCUCCGAGGGAGGCAGCCCCGUCCGGGACAGUCCCUGAAGAUGCGGUGCAAGAGGCAGCCCCGACGGGGACAGAGCCCGAGGAGGCGGCGGGGACAGCUCCAGAGGGGACAGUCCCCGAGGAGGCGGUGCAGGAGGCAGCCCCGGCUGAUGUGACAAUUCCCAAGGAUGAAGUGCAGGAGGCAGCCCCGGCUGGGACAGUCCCCGAGGAGGUGCUGGGGACAGACCUCGAGGAUGCUGUGAAGAAGCCAGCCCCGGCUGGAGUGCCAGCUCUGGAGGAUGCGGUGCAGGAGGCAGCCCCGGCUGCUGUGACAGUCCCCGAGGAGGCGCUGGGGACGGUCCCUAAGGACGAGCUGCAGGAAACAGCUCCGACUGGAACAGUUCCCGAGGAGGGGGCGGCCCCGCUGGGGACAGUCCCUAAGGGUGAGGGGCAGGAGGCAGCUCAGGCAGGGACAAUCGCUGAGGAGGUGCUGGGGACAGUCCCCGAGGAUGCGGUGCAGGAGAGAGCUCCAGCAGGGACAGUCCCUAAGGAUGAGGUGCAGGAGGAAGCCCCGGCAGGGACAGUCCCCGAGGAGGCGUUGGGGACAAUCCCCAAGGAUGCGGUGCAGGAGGCAGCUCCAGCAGGGACAGUCCCUAAGGAUGAAGCGCCGACGGCAGCCCCGGAUGGUGUGACAGUCCCCAAGGAUGAGGUCCCGGAUGAUGUGACAGUCCCCGAGGAUGAAGUGCGGGAGGCAGCCCCAGAUGAUGUGACAGUCCCCAGGGAUGCGGUGCAGGAGGCAGCUCCAGCAGGGACAAUCCCCAAGGAUGAAGUGCAGGAGGCAGCCCCGGGUGAUGUGACAGUCCCCGAGGAUUCGGUCCCGGGUGAUGUGACAGUCCCCGAGGAUGCUGUCCCGUGUGAUGUGACAGUCCCCGAGGAUGCGGCCCCGGGUGAUGUGACAGUCCCUGUGGAUGCUGUCCCGGGUGAUGUGACAGUCCCUGUGGAUGCUGUCCCGGGUGGUGUGACAGUCCCCGAGGAUGCUGUCCCGGGUGGUGUGACAGUCCCCGAGGAUGCGGUCCCGGGUGAUGUGACAGUCCCUGUGGAUGCUGUCCCGGGUGAUGUGACAGUCCCCGAGGAUGCGGUCCCGGGUGAUGUGACAGUCCCCGAGGAUGCUGUCCCGGGUGGUGUGACAGUCCCCGAGGAUGCUGUCCCGGGUGAUGUGACAGUCCCCGAGGAUGCUGUCCCGGGUGGUGUGACAGUCCCUGUGGAUGCUGUCCCGGGUGAUGUGACAGUCCCCGAGGGUGCGGUCCCGGGUGAUGUGACAGUCCCCGAGGGUGCCGUCCCGGGUGAUGUGACAGUCCCCGAGGAUGCGGUCCCGGGUGAUGUGACAGUCCCCGAGGGUGCUGUCCCGGGUGGUGUGACAGUCCCCGAGGGUGCGGUCCCGGGUGGUGUGACAGUCCCUGUGGAUGCUGUCCCGGGUGGUGUGACAGUCCCCGAGGGUGCCGUCCCGGGUGAUGUGACAGUCCGGGAUCUGGUAAAUGUAAUUAUAUGUGAGAUUUUUAAUGUGGAUGUGUCGGGUGAUGUGACAGUCCCCGAGGGUGCCGUCCCGGUUGAUGUGACAGUCCCCGAGGGUGCGGUCCCGAGUGCUGUCCCAGCAGGGCCGGUCCCUGCGGAGGGCAGCGCGGAGGCUCCCCAGGGCCGCGGGGCAGCGCAGGCGGCCCUGCCCGGCGGUGCCCGGGCCCCGGGCGGCCCCGGGGGCGAGGCGGAGGCGGAGCGGGGACCGGCAGCCCCGGCGGGGAGCGGAGCCCCGGGCCCCGAGAGCGGCUGGGAUCGGAGCCUGAACGGGGAGCGGGAGCAGCUCCGGGAGGACGGGACGGGCUCGCCGGGCGCCCCGGAGGAGGAGGAGGAGGAGGAGGCGGAGGAGAAGCAGGACCACGACAUCUCCCUCUUCGUCAAGGCUGGCAGCGAUGGGGAAAGCAUUGGGAACUGCCCGUUCUCUCAGCGCCUCUUUAUGAUCCUGUGGCUCAAAGGUGUCAUUUUUAAUGUCACAACCGUGGAUCUGAAAAGAAAACCUGCAGACCUGCAGAACCUGGCCCCAGGCACCAACCCCCCGUUCAUGACCUUCGAUGGGGAGGUGAAGACCGAUGUGAACAAGAUUGAGGAGUUCCUGGAGGAGAAGCUGGCGCCGCCCCGGUAUCCCAAACUUGCACCGAAGCACCCCGAGUCGAACUCUGCAGGAAAUGAUGUCUUUGCAAAAUUCUCUGCAUUUAUAAAGAACCCAAGAAAAGAUGCAAAUGAAAAUUUGGAAAAAUCUUUGCUUAAAGCCCUGAAGAAGCUGGACAACUAUUUAAAUAGCCCCCUGCCUGAUGAAAUCGAUGCUUACAGCAGGGAGGAGAUCGCUGCUUCCAGCCGGAAAUUCCUGGAUGGAGAUGAGCUCACUUUAGCAGAUUGCAACCUCCUGCCAAAGCUCCACAUCAUCAAGGUCGUUGCAAAAAAAUACCGAAAUUUUCACUUCCCACCUGAAAUGACAGGGAUUUCCAGAUACUUGAAAAAUGCAUAUGCAAGAGAUGAAUUCACAAACACGUGCCCUGCUGACCAGGAGAUUGAAUAUGCUUAUUUGGAUGUGGCAAAGAGAAUGAAGUAACCUGAAGAUGCCUCUGUUUACUGCUUCUGUGAUGGACAACAGCCAAGCUGGAAAAGCAAAAACCAGCAGAGAUUCUGCAGUGUGAUUUGAAGUUCUGCUAUUGGCCAAUCCUUUUAUAAUGAUUGUAUUGCAUUA